ACUCCGACUUAUCGUUGCAUUAGCCACCGACAGCUGUCAACGAAAUCCAUAUGAUUGUGACAGUUCACGUGAAAAGUGAGCGUUCGCUUUCAAAACAAGAACCAAGAACCUGUAACCCGCUCAGUGAUAUUAGUGACAAGUAUCCAGCAGUGUCGAGUCGAAAUUCCAAGUACAAGUGCGAAAAACCAGGCGCUCCGCUCGUUUUGGAUGUUGAUUCGUCGGCGUCCUCGAAACGGCGAGAUCGAAGAGCACACACAAGAUUGAUAAGCGAUCGGGACAUUAUCGUUUCAUUGUUGAAGCGCACUUACGUACAACAUGAGCUAGGCGAGAGAGCGGGCGAUAAGAUAAAAACUAUUUUCGCGAUAGAUGCAUUCGUGUUGUCAGAGCGCUACAGAGAUAGUUCGAUUCCGUCUUCCCGUGGAUUCCGUUUCGAGUACGAAACAAAAGCAGUACAUCAAACAUGGCGACCGAGGUACUUUUGAAAAACAAAUCGCCGGACGUGAAAGUGCAAAUAGUACCCAGUGGCAUUAAUAAGAAGUUGACACAUUUGCCCGAGAGGCCCAAGGUGGAUUUGGCCUUCUCCGAUUUACAGUACGUCGUCAAACAGGGAAAAAAGCAAAAAUUAAUACUGAAAAAUGUCAGCGGUCAAAUCCGAUCGGGCGAACUGUGCGCCAUCAUGGGUCCCUCUGGCGCUGGAAAAUCCACGCUGCUCAACAUCCUCACGGGAUACAAGACCGAAGGUGUCAAAGGCCACGUGUUGAUGAACGAGAGGGACAGAGAUCUGAGCCAAUUCAGGAAAUUAUCCGCCUACAUAAUGCAGGACAAUCAGCUGCACGCUAAUCUUACCGUCGACGAGGCGAUGGCCGUCGCCGCUAAACUCAAAAUAGGCCAGAGCAAGUUGCAGGAUUUGCAGGAUAUCAUAACCGAAAUCCUGGAUACUCUCGGUCUACUCGACCACAGGAAAACGAUGACCAGCGGUUUAUCCGGAGGCCAGAAGAAACGAUUAUCGAUCGCUUUGGAAUUGGUAAGCAACCCCCCGAUAAUGUUCUUCGACGAACCCACCAGCGGCUUGGACUCAUCCUCCUGCUUCCAAUGCAUAUCUCUACUGAAAACUCUAGCCAAAGGUGGAAGAACGAUAAUCUGCACGAUCCACCAACCUUCCGCUAGAUUAUUCGAAAUGUUCGACCAGCUGUACACCCUCGCCGAGGGCCAGUGCGUGUACCAGGGCUCCACCAGGCAGCUGGUGACGUGGCUGGGCCACUUGGGCCUCCAGUGCCCGUCCUACCACAAUCCCGCUUCCUACAUCAUAGAGGUCGCUUGCGGCGAAUACGGGGAUCACACCAGGAAGCUGGUGUGCGCCAUCGAAAACGGUAAAAACGACAUUCGCGACGGUAAGCCCUUCCCCGAGGUGAAGAUAAACGACGGUUUGAACAACGCUUACCAAUACGCCAAGGAGCAGAUGGGGGCUCUUACGGCCAAAGAUUUGGCUAAAGAGUCCGGUGACGCUUUGAAGGAUAACAAUUACAAAGCGAACGGUAACGGGAAGAACGAAAAUUUCGAGGACGCCUCGAAGGACGUGGAGAAAGCGAACGUGAAUAGUGCCUUGUUAUCGAAUUCUGUGAUAGUUAAACAGCCCAGAUACGGGAAUACCGAGUUACAACAGUUCUUUAUCAUCUUGAAGCGAGCCUUGCUGUUUAGCAGAAGAGACUGGACGUUGAUGUACCUGCGUCUGUUCGCCCAUCUGUUGGUGGGUUUCCUAAUCGGUGCCUUAUACUUCAAAAUAGGAAACGAAGCUUCGAAAGUACUUAGCAAUUUGGGUUUCCUGUUCUUCAACAUGUUGUUUCUGAUGUACACUUCCAUGACAAUCACCAUUUUAUCCUUUCCGCUCGAAAUGCCCGUGCUGCUUAAAGAAAACUUCAAUCGAUGGUACUCCUUGAGAUCCUACUACAUGGCAAUUACUAUAUCAGACAUGCCCUUCCAGACGAUAUUUUGCGUCAUUUACGUGACGAUAGUGUACUUCAUGACGGACCAGCCGUUAGAAGCGGAAAGGUUCGGGAUGUUCCUGCUGUCCUGUUUACUGGUAUCGUUCGUAGCACAAAGCGUGGGAUUAGUAGUAGGAGCUGCAAUGAGUGUACAGAAUGGAGUAUUCCUGGCACCCGUGAUGUCCGUACCGUUCCUGCUGUUUUCCGGAUUCUUCGUCUCCUUCGACGCGAUUCCGAUUUACCUGCGCUGGAUCACCUACCUGUCCUAUAUCAGAUAUGGAUUCGAAGGGACCGCUCUGGCUACGUACGGUUUCGACAGGCCCAAAUUGAAGUGCUUCAAUUACUGUCACUUCAAAGAUCCGAAGACCACGCUGGAGGAACUGGACAUGGACAAGUCGAGUUUUAUGGUCGAUAUUCUUGCCUUGGUCGGGAUAUUCUUCUUUUUAAGGGUGGCCGCUUACCUGUUUUUGAAAUGGAAACUCAAGUCGAAUCAUUAAGCGUAUUUUUUUUUUAUUUUAAUAUUUGAAAUUCCAAAACGUUAGACUGUGUGAUUCAUAGAAAUUCGUCGAUAAUAUGUAAUGUUAUUAAAAUUGUUGAAGAUAAGGAUGUAAAUCCUUAAAAUGUAGUUUUUUACUGUUAUUUUAUAUUAACAAAUAUAAGAUUAAGAAUAGAACGUCUUGCCCCGUUGUUAAUUAAUAACUUGUCUAGGGAAUUUUAAUAUGUUAAAAUUCGUCUCUCUUUAUAUUAUUUACUUGAGUAAUUUCCACUUGUUUACAUGACUUACUUGUAUUGAUAUUGUUGUUUCCCUUCUAAACAUUAUUAUGUAGAAAAAUGGUUGUUAAUUUUCCUAAAACGUUUCCUAAAUAAAUCAAAAAUAUUUUUGUAUUACGUCGGACUCCAAAGAAGGUCGCUCUGUUAAUACACAAUCGAACAAUCGAUAAAUUUGUAAGGAUAACUAAGGUAAAACCUAUCUAGAUGUAGAUUUUUUAACGGAAAUCAAAUUAAAGGUUACUGUGUACAAAACAAUUAAAUUUAUGUGAUGGUGUAGUGAUUUAUAUAUAAAAUAUAUUAUGUAUACAAACAGUA